AUGUUUGUUUGGUCUUUCGUCACUCUCGGCCUCGCAAGCGCUGCUCUUGCUUCGCCAUUCAAGCGAUCUGGCGGCCUCAGCGUCAAGCUGUCCGCUGCAGCUGUCUCGGUCGAGUCCAUCGACGACCUCAAGCUAGUCGCUGAAGUGACUAACACCGGUUCCGAAGAUGUCAAAGUACUGAAGUACGGCACAGUCUUGGACGACAAACUCCCAACCCGUAUUUUCACCGUCACUAAAGAUGGCUCAACCGUUCCUUUCACCGGCAUAAAGAUUCAAUUGUCGCUCGCUGACGCCGACGACACUGCCUAUACUGUCAUCCCCGCAGGCCAAACAGUAACAGUUAGCCACGCAGUCGCCCCUCUGUUCGACUUCGCCUCUGUAGGCGCUGGGAAAUUCACCUUCGAGCCUGUCACCACUUUCCAAGUCGCUGGUGCAGCCGAGAGAGUUGCCAACAUCGACGACUUGACCAAAGUCGAUGCGACUGUCUCCGCUGUUGAUGUUGAGGUGACUGCUGAUGUUGCGAAGCGUGAAAUUCAAGCCCGCAACAAGCGUGCCGUAGACAUCUGCACCACCAGCUCCCGCAAGUCCUUCAUUGAUGCCAGGCAUGUAUCAUUCUCUACCACCUCCCUUCUAAGGCUCAUCUACUUCCGUGGGGCUAGUGACUCACUCUACCGAGCUUACUUCGGUGCUACCGCUACCUCGCGUGUGACUUCUAUCCUCAAUGCUGUCGCCAACGAAAACUCUGGUUCCCGCACUCUCAGCUGCACCGACAGCUUCGGUGCCUGCAGCAGUGGUGUUAUCGCAUACACCGUGAUCUCCACCACCAACAUCUACUUCUGCAGCAUCUUCUUCAACGAGGUGGCUACUCCCUCCUUGUGCAGCGGUACGUCUGUUGCUUCUCGCAACAUCCGAGGUGGAACUACUCUCCACGAAAUGACCCACGCUGUCGCCGGAACCGACGACAUUGGUUACGGCUGUUCGUUUGACCAGAGUUUGUCUGAUUCGCAGUCUAUCGCCAAUGCUGAUAAUUUCAAUUGCUUCACCACUCAAGUCUACGCUAACACCAGGUGCUAA